AUGAAAUCUUCAUGCUAUUACUUUCUUUUAUAUCUUCCACUCCUGUUUUCAUUUACAAUUUCAAUUCCAACUCCAGACAGUUUUCUGCAUUGCCUUUCUGUCAUUUCUGAGCUUUCUGUCCCUUCUUCCAUUCUUUAUGUCUCAAACACUUCUUCUUAUUCUUCAGUCCUUCUAUCAACUGCUCAAAACCUCAGGUUUACAGGGCCUUCAGUACGAAAGCCUGAGUUUAUCUUCACGCCUUUGAAUGAAUCCCAUGUCCAAGCAGCCGUUAUUUGCUCCAAACACUUUGGAAUUCAUAUGAGAAUUCGAAGCGGAGGCCAUGACUAUGAGGCGGUCUCGUAUGUAUCAGAAAUUGAAACACCUUUCAUUGUUGUAGACCUUUCCAAGCUUCGAUCCAUAAGCAUCGAUAUUGAUAAUAACAACGCGUGGGUUGAGGCAGGUGCAACAAUUGGUGAAGUCUACUACAGAAUUGCGGAGAAGAGCAAAAUUCAUGGUUUUCCUGCGGGUGCUUGCACGAGCUUAGGCGUUGGUGGGCACAUCACUGGAGGUGCUUAUGGUUUCUUGUUAAGAAAAUAUGGUCUUGGUGCUGACAAUGUCCUCGAUGCUAAAAUUGUAGACGCAAGCGGCAGAGUUCUUGACCGAGCAGCUAUGGGUGAAGAUCUGUUUUGGGCAAUAAGUGGAGGCGGAGGAGGAAGCUUUGGAAUUAUCCUUUCAUGGAAGAUAAAAUUGGUUCCUGUGCCAUCAACUGUGACAAUUUUUACAGUUACAAGGACCCUAGAACAGGGUGCCACGAAGAUCCUCUAUAAAUGGCAACAAGUUGCACAUACGCUUGAUGAGGAUCUCUUUGUUAGAGUUCUCAUACAAGUGGUCAAUGGUGCUCUAUAUCUUGGUGGUGCUGAUAGCCUCCUUCAAAUUAUGCAGGAAAAAUUCCCUGAACUGGGAUUGACACGGCAAGAUUGCAAUGAGACAACCUGGAUCCAGUCUGUGGUUACUAAUGGCCUUUUCCCAAGUAACUCGACUCCUGAAAUUCUACUUCAACGAGAGAAUAUUCUCAGAAACUAUUUCAAAGGAAAAUCAGACUACGUUAAGGAACCCAUUCGUGAAACAGUUCUUGGGGGACUAUGGAAAAGGUUAUUGGAAGAAGAUAACCCAAUAAUGCUAUGGAGUCCGUACGGUGGAAUAAUGAGCAGGAUUUCAGAAUCCGAAACUCCUUUCCCUCACAGAAAGGGUAACAUAUUUGAAAUCGCUUAUUCGUCUGGCUGGCAAGAUGGUGAUAUUAAGAAUGCAACAAAGCAUAUUGAAUGGAUUAGGAGGCUAUACGAUUACAUGGCUCCAUAUGUUUCAAAGAACCCCAGAGGGGCGUAUGUUAAUUACAGGGAUUUUGAUUUGGGAAUGAAUAAGAAGUGUAACACAAAUUUUAACGCAGCCAGAGUGUGGGGCGAGAAGUAUUUCAAAGGUAACUUCAAGAGACUGAUGAAAGUGAAAACCAAAGCUGAUCCUCAUAAUUUCUUUAGGCAUGAGCAGAGCAUUCCACCUCUUCCAUGAUGGGAUAUUGGACCACUUCUAUUAAAUGGUUAACCCAAAGAAUAUCCAAUGUUAAAGGUAAUAAUAAAAUAAUCACUUGUAAAUGUUACCAGCAUCAUGCUUAUGUAACAAAAAUAACAAAAACCUGGUGCAGUGUUGUUAU